UGCGUGGUCGGCGGCAGAGGUUGCAGUUGGCAGCACCGGUCGGUUGCCUGGGGGCUGCCAGCGUCAUGGAAGGGAGCAACAGUUUGGCCGAGGAGGCAAAGCCAUGGCUGGAGAACUGUGCCAAGCCAGAGGUGCAGAAGGCCAAGCAGAUUGCCUACGAGAUGGGCAGCGGGAAACUACAAGUGGUGUACAACUCUACGACGGAGCAGGAUGACCAACCAAAAAUACUACCUCAGGUGAUAGCGUCCAUCUGCGUCGCGGCCUUCCACAUCGUGGUGGGCAUAUCCAUGGCCUUCUCCGCCGUCAUGGUUCCCCAGCUGGACCAGGGCGUGGCCGGUCUGCACAUCGGCAAGGAGUCCUCCUCGUGGCUGGUGAGCAUCCUGGUGCUGAUGGCCCCGGUGGGCGCCAUCUUGGCCGGCCUCAUCAUGGACAACGUGGGCCGCCUCAACACCAUCCGCCUGGCAGCGCUGCCGGCCGCCGUCGGCUUCAUCAUGAUCGCGUCCGGCCAGAGCUACGGCAUGCUGUUCGCCGGCCGCCUCAUCGCCGGCAUCGCCUCGUCCAUGGGGACGAGUCCAGCCGUAGUGUACAUCACUGAAGUUGGAUCUCCUAGGGUGAGAGGAUCUUUGAUCUCCAUGUGCCCGACUUUAGCGUCUUUAGGCAUGGUGAUCGCCUACUCGGAGGGCUACUUCUUCACGUGGCGCACCGUGGCGUGGCUGACGCUGGGCUACAUCGCGCUGUCCGUGCUGGUCAUCUCCGUGUGGAUCCCCGAGUCGCCGCUGUGGCUGGUGGCGCGUGGCCGUGUGGACGAGGCGGAGCGCUCGCUCAAGUGGCUGUCCGGCAAGAACAGCCGGCUGCCGGCCAGACAGCUGGCCAUGAUGGUCAAGUCGCAGGACAUGAAGGCGCUCGUGGUGGCAGGGUUCUUCGAGCGCUUCAGGACCUUCCUGACGCCGGCCGGCUACAAGCCCCUGGCCAUCAUCUGCGGACUCUUCGUUUUCCAACAGUUCGCCGGCAUCUACAGCACGCUCUUCUACGCCGUCACGUUUUUCGAGGACAUCGGCAGCGGACUGGAUCCCGCCUUGUCCACCAUCCUGAUGGGGCUGGUGAGGUUCAUCAUGAGCAUGUGCAACACGGGCAUGCUGAAGAAGUUCGGACGACGCCCGCUGUGCAUGAUCAGCGGCUGUGGCAUGGCCGUGUGCUUGACCAUGUCCGGCAUUUUUACCUGGAAGAUUGUCAACGAAGGCAUGGAAGGCGUGAGCUGGAUCCCGGUGACGUGCAUCCUGCUGUACGUGGUGACGAGCAUGCUGGGCCCUUUUGAUCAUGCCGUGUCGUGUGUUGUUCUCCAGGCAUGGAAGGCGUAA